AUGGCUCGGUUGAACGACUAUGCGGCCCCUGCCGAGUCUAUUGACGCUUUGAAGCGUCGAUUUGUGCGACAAAAUCGAGAGAUCGCACGAGUAAACUCCAUGCAGUCUCUGCGUAUCCGCAGCCUGGAGUCCGAAGUAUCACAUCUGCUUUCAGAGAAUGUCUCGCUUCGGAAACAGGUUAUCAACCUCACCCAGGAGACUGAAAGGCUGGAGGCAGGCAAGAUGCUACACAGCGGGAUCUACGACAUCAAGUCCAAGUUGGAUGCCAAGCUGGCCGAGUUGAGCAGCCUGGCGACUGAUCUGGGAUCAUUGCCCCGCCGUGUGGGCAAACUUUGCGACGAACAGCCUCAACGACCAAAGCAGGCACCAGAGUCGCGACCCAGAACUGACGACUUGUUUGGACCCGAUGAUGGCAGACUCCCCGCCAUCGUCGAGGACAAAUAUUACCCGCGACGAACUUUGGAAGCCCAAGAACUUGAUAGUCUCCUGCGUGACGAUCAAAGUAUUUUGGAAUCUCCACCUCAAUUCAGUUUCACCCCAGAGCCAGUAGAGGCCGACAUUGAACACUCCAGCCCUUCCCCGCCAGAAGUAACAUACAGAGCCCCCCUCGAGAGCGCCAUCGAAGAACCAGAACAUGAGGCUAUUUUACCUCCAACACUCGAAACCCGCAAAAAGAAAAAGAGGUCUACUUCGGUUCUCGCGCCGGAAAUUGGUCCUGCCCCGACCGAACCACAGCCAAGCCCACCUAUUGCCACAGCCAACAUCGCGCCCCCGGCCUCGACCAAGCGCAAGUUCAUACCAGAGGAUGAGGACCAAUUCGCCCCCGAUGUCGAAGAGGACGAGGACGAAUUCCAAUUCAGCCGACCUAGUCAUAGCCCCAAAAAGCAAACCAACUUCUUUGAGGUUACGCGAAAGGAUCCGUCACCUAUCAAAAAUGUCGAAGUGACAAGAGGAUCCAAGACCCCUAUCCUAGCCAAGCGCAAGGUACUUGAACCGAAGAGCGCAAAUUCCAACUUAGGCUCUCCCAAAAAAGCCCGCAUGUCUUCCCACCAGGAUCCCAAGCUCGUUCAAAAACACACCAAAGGCGACGAAAACACAAUUUCUCCCCAGAAGAACAUGUCUAUUGAGAAGCUCGGCGGCAAGACUGUGAGCCAAAAGCCGCGCACAACAAAACUUGCCCCUUCACAAAAAGAAAAGCGCACCAGCCGCCCCUCCCAACCAGAGGAACCAGUACAGAGUGUUCCUGCAUUAUCACCACACCCCAAUGCAUUGAAAGCAGAGGAAGAAUCCGGAAGUCGACCCUCUCGACGCCGCGGUGCCGUCGUCAGUUAUGCCGAGCCCAAUUUGCGUGAUAAGAUGCGUCGUCCCACGAAAGAAAUGGCUGAUGCAGUUGCAUUUGGCUCGAGAAGAUCUUCCAGCUUCCAGUCUGGUCGGGACAGCCUGGAUGGUGCAGGCGACGUGCAAUCCGGCAGUCUUCCAGCUGAUCACACCUUCGCGGAUCAAAACCCAAUUGCUACCACGGACGCUCCCCAACAAGAACUAUUGGCAACGGUGUCUCGUCGGAAGCGCAAGGUGUCAUCCGCACCAAAGGAGGACACCGAUGGCAUCACGACUACAGAUAUCAAGAAAGAAAUCGAGAACAGCCUUGCAGAUGUCUCCGCUCAAGUGUCCAGCGAAACACUCAAUGCGAGGCGACAGCCUCGACGUCAUUCGUCCAACCCCAAAAGCACUGCAAACAUGGCACAGUAUGAUGUGGAUGAGGAUGAACCACAAUCUCCGGUCGACUCCCCCGAGGACGAGGAUUUGUUCGCGCCAAUGAUCGAUGCCAGACGCGGCCGUGUUGCAGCAAGGAGAAAAAGCAUGAUGGUGUAA